AUGGCUCAAAUAGCAAAACUGGAGGUCCAAACAGAGAUUAAAUCCUCUGCUGAUAAGUUUUAUGACAUCUUUAGGAGGAAGCAAUAUCUUAUGCCAAAGAUUUGCCCUGAAUAUAUUAAGGGCAUCCAAGUUGUUCUAGGUGACUGGGAGACAGUGGGCUCAAUCAAGCUGUGGACUUAUGAUGCAGGGAGUUCUGAGAUUGUUAAGGAGACGGUCGAAGCCAUAGACGACAAAACCAAGUCAAUCACCUAUAAUAUGGGUCAAGCCGGCUUGGCAAAAUGGACUGUAGAAUACGAGAGACAAAAUGAGGAAAUCCCUGAUCCUCAUAAUUACGUGGAAUUUUUGGCCUGCAUCAGUAAGUCUGUCGACGCAUACCUUCCUAAGGAUGUGACUGAUUACACUGCAGAUCCAACUCCACAGCUUUUUCCAACUCAGACGCAUCAAAACAUCCCUUCAGAUUCCUAUCCAGUCGCACUUCCUACCUCUUCUCCUUAUGCAAAGUUCUAA